GCUGAGGAAGGUGCUGUGCGUCAAUGUCGCAUAUCAUUUGCUCCGUUUCUUCUUCCUGGUGCCCCGAGAAUUGUGUCUUCUUCUUUGCUACAUUCUCUCCAGACGGAGUCGGCGGAGUCGAAGACAAUUCAACGAUCGACAGCGAAGCUCCUGAGGACCAUCUGAAGCUCUGAGCUUGCGGGACACCGGCUCUAUACACCUUGAGUUGCAGCUCAGCACCAGCUCAGGUACACCUCCAGCCAAAGCAGUACAGCUCAACAAUCCUGCUUCAUCCACUUUCAUUGUUCACUUCCUCACGCCGCCAUUAUGAAGCCCGACGUCCACCACUCUAUCACCCAUCACCCUUCGGCGAUUCAAAUGCACCACGUGGACAGCGAACGCCAACGCAGCCAGUCGAGGGCUUCGGCCCGGAACGCCUCGCACAGUACCGGUAUCGAGUCCAGUGCUCCGGCCGAGGAGCAUGACCCCGUCGCCCGCCACAACUCCCAGCCCACCUUGACAGACGUGGAGAGCCAACUGACCGCAGGCCGUGCUGCCUUGCCACUCAACGGCGUCCGCUUGGAGAAUGACCCUUACGGCUUGUCUCUGGCCUACAAGACCGAGUCAGACCUCGCCAAUAUCAAAGCCAACACCUCGCGCAAGAGAGACGCAGGCGCCACCGGGCACAAGGGUCCCAAGGUUAGGAAACGCAAGAUCCAACGUUUCUACGAAGAUCAAAAUGCUGCGAUUGAGCGGAUGUUGAAACCUGUGGAGGACCACCUCGCCGAUGCCAAACAGGAGGCGGGCGAGGAGCAACUCAAGCUUCGCAUAGCCGUCUGGGGCUCGUUCAUUGCCAACAUCUGCUUGUCCAUCCUCCAGCUAUACGGCGCCAUCUCAUCGGGGUCCCUGUCCCUCUUCACCACGGCGGCCGACAGUGUCUUUGACCCGCUCAGCAACUUGAUCCUCAUCGUUUCCUCACGCGCGGUGGCCCACGUGGAUGAGCGUCGCUUCCCGGCUGGCAAGGCUCGCUUGGAGACUGUGGGCAACAUCACGUUCAGCUUCAUCAUGGUGAGCGUGUCGUUGAUCAUCAUUGCCUUUUCAUGUCAGGAGUUGAGCCAGGCAGGUGAGGGCAAAGCGUUCCAUCUGCCCGCGGUUCUUGCCGUGGCAGUGGCAUUCGCGACCAAGUUCUGCCUGUUCCUGUACUGUUGGUCUCUCAAGAACAAGUACAGCCAGGUCCGGAUUUUGUGGCAAGACCACCGCAACGAUCUGUUCGUCAACUCCUUUGGUAUCUUGACGUCCGUUGGUGGUUCCAAGCUGAUGUGGUGGCUCGACCCGGCGGGCGCCAUCAUCCUCUCCGUGGUCAUCUCAGCGAUAUGGCUGCGCACUGCCUUUGCCGAGUUCUUGCUGCUUGUGGGCGUGUCGGCCGACACCGAGAUGCAGCAGUUGAUCACGUAUGUGUGCCUCACGCACUCGGAUUCGGUGUUGGGCAUCGACACGGUCAGAGUAUACCACUCGGGACCUCGUCUGAUCGCCGAGGUGGACAUUGUGAUGGAUCCUGAGGAAACUAUGCGCGAGGCACACGACGUGGCCGAGGAGCUGCAAUUCAAGCUGGAGGGCCUGCCCGACGUGGAGAGGGCCUACGUCCACAUUGACUACGAGACAACGCACAAGCCAGAGCGCGCGCUCAAGAAGGACUUGUAGUGCGCCUUGUAUCCAUUGUUUGCUGGCGAUUUGGUGGUCAUCGUAUAGUCCCCUGUGCUUCAUAAUACUUUAGAAUACCCGAAGAAGACAUGAUAUUCCGUCCAAGCUU